AUGCCUAAAGAAAAAGUUAAUCAAAGAAUUUCAAGACGCAAAAAUUCUUCUAAUGUAACUAAUUCUAAGACAGCAAUAAAUGCAAAUAUUGAAGUUGUUGCAUCAGGUUCACAAUCUAGAGUAGCGCGUAAUUUUGAAGAUUCUUGUGAUCUUUUACAAAUACAAGAACAAGAGAUGCGUGAUGAUAAUAGAGAAGAAACAUUGGCUCCACUAGCUGAUGCAUCAUCUAAUAUGAAUACUUUGAGAUCAAUGGAAAAUGCUCCAAUUGAUACUUCUAAGACGUUUUAUUUGCAUAUGAUUGAAGGUUUAAAGAGGAAUUUGGGUCAAAAUAAACAUAUAUACGAUGCGAUUCAUGAAAUGAAAACUUCGCAAGAUGUGUUCCAAAAAGAAACAAAUGAAAAACUAAAUACUAUUUCAGAGAAAAUUAACCAAUUAAUUACUCCUGAAGAUUCCUAUUGGAAGAGUUUGGCGUCAAAAGCAUGCAAAAUUCAACUACCUAUUCUUGGUCUUUAUCCUGAUGAUUCAGAAUUCAAGAAAGGUUUUGAAAGUAUACUUGAACAAGAAAAGCCAGGUUAUAUCGAACAACUUGGUUUACAAUGGAAUCAGUAUUAUUCGGGACGCAUCAGACCUCUAUGUCGUGACGUAAUUAAAAGUCAAAGAUGUGAUAAGGCCAAAGAUAUCCGAUCUGCAAUGUUUGACAUAUUUGGCAAAAAUCUUUUAACUCGAAUUAAUACUUCAGCAGGAGCUGAAGAUAUUACGGCUUUUAAAAAUUCAAAUAAUACUAAAAAGGCGUUUAAAUGUUUAUUUAUAAGUGAUGAUGAUGGUGCUCUUCCAUAUAUUGAAGCAAUUAAGAAAAAGGCUUGGGGAAAAAAGAAGACUACAUUGAUGGAUACUGCUUUCACGUUGGCAGUUUGUGAAAUUGUUUUAAAUCCUAGACAUCCACGAAUAUCUGUUAGCGAUAAUGCUCUCCAUAAACGAUUUGAUUUAUAUUUGGAUUGUAUCUGUAAUUUUAAAGAAAUAACGUCUGAGAUUACCAAACAAGUUAGACAAGAUGAAUUAGGUAAAACAUGUGAUAAUUCGGAUGACACUAGCGAGAGUUAUGACCACCAUUAUGAUGAUCGUGAUGAAGAUCAAUAG